GCCAAUCAAACGUUUGUUAUCGACUGUCCGUGUUUCGGGGUGGUGUUGGGUGGCUCGUUUCUUCAGAGUGGGGAUACACUGUUAAUAUUCAAGAUGCAGUUCAUGCUUCUAUUCAGUCGACAAGGCAAGCUCAGGCUCCAAAAAUGGUACGUGCCUUUGUCUGAUAAAGAGAAAAAGAAGAUCACCAGAGAGUUGGUGCAGACUGUCCUGGCUCGGAAGCCCAAAAUGUGCAGCUUUCUGGAGUGGAGAGACCUUAAAAUUGUGUACAAGAGAUACGCCAGCUUGUAUUUCUGCUGUGCCAUUGAGGACCAGGACAACGAGCUCAUCACGCUGGAGAUCAUCCACAGAUAUGUGGAGCUGCUGGAUAAAUACUUUGGCAGUGUUUGUGAGCUGGACAUUAUUUUUAACUUUGAGAAGGCCUACUUCAUCCUGGAUGAAUUCCUGCUGGGUGGGGAAGCUCAAGAGACGUCUAAAAAGAAUGUGCUGAAGGCCAUCGAGCAGGCUGACCUGCUACAAGAGAAUAUAGACUUUCAGAUGCGCCUGUUUGCAGGAUGCCAAAGAAGCAGAGACCCCACGCAGCGUGCUGGAAGAAAUCGGACUGACAUAAACAUCAUCUUCAUCGCCAUCCACACUCCUCCAUCUGCCAGCUACUCUGCUGUAUGUAGCUGAUAACAGUUCACUUUUCAACACGCACACACACACACACACCCCAACAUGGUUUUCCUGUGCAUCUGUGUUACACAACUCUGCCUUGUUUUCUACUGUUUUUAAAUACAAACGAUGUAGCACUCUGUGUGUAUUUCCUGCUGUGUUAUUGAUUUGUUUCAAUGUGAUGACAUUAACUGUUUACCGAGACACAGAUGCAGCUUAAUUAAGCUUCGUGCUGCUUUCAAAUCCACUCCAGGAUGCUGUGCUGAGCGAAUUCCUGCUUGAUUUUUUUAUUUGAACGCUGAUGUGAUCACUUUAUUCUGUGUGAAGUCUUAGCAGUGUUGUGAAUUUCAAAUAUGUUAGUCAAACCCAAAGAACUUGCUGUAAUAUAAAGGGAAGUAUUAACAGAGCCAAAAAGUUGUUUCCUCUCAUAUCUGCAUUGUGAUAAUCCUGAAGUCAGUAUGUCCUACACACAGUAUAUUUACACUUUAGGGGUGUCAGACUCAUUUUAAUUCAUGAGUCAACCUAGUUUGAGCUCACGUGGGCCAGACCACUGCAUAAAAACGCAUGUUUUUUUUUUUUUAAAUGUAAACUGUCCCCUUUUUGCAGAAUUUAACUAAAACCUUCACCACCAGGGGGCAGUGUUUUCAGGUGUGUGCUGCUGAUCUGUUAACUUUUAAUAUUUGUUUUUAAUCCCUUUGUUGAGCCCAGACUGGACCCCGGCCUGCAUGUUUGACACCCCUGCUUUAACGCAUUUUAAACUGAAAUUACUGUGAAGUGGCUUAAAAACAGAAAACGUGAAAUGAAGAGUUUUCUCUCAGUUGAUCAGCCACCAUCAUUCCUGUAGUUCGACUGUUUGGUCUGUCGGUUUCUAAUGAAAGUUCCACUUAAUGUUGAAUGCCUUAAUCACUCACUGAUGUCCAUAUCUGAUAAACAGAGAAUAUAUUACUGAUACAUAACAGAUACAUUUGCAUGACACUGAGCUGAAUUUAUUUGAUGUACUGUAUGUUUUGUUUUUUUUUUUGUAAUUAAUGUUUACAGUUUUUUUCUUAAUAUUUACUACUGUGAUUCUUUUUAUUUUCAUGAAAGCAUAUCACUGAAUCUGUGGGUAACAUUUUAUAACAACCAUCAUUAAUAAAUGCAAAAUUGAUAGCUGAUUAAGCUUAAAUUGAUAGUUAUUUACUGUUACAAUGGAAUGAUCAUUAAAGAUGUUUACUAAGUGGUUAAUGGCCCAGCCCACCGGUGAUGUGGUGGCCCAGCCCAGUCUCACAGGUAUAUUCACAGUUUUCAGUCUGUUAAUUAGUUUUUCUUUGGAAACAGAUUUUCCUGUUUUUGAGAUUGAACACAAGCCUUCACCUGCCCACUGAUUUGUAUCCAUGUAACAGUAGUGAAGAUUUUCUGCCUUUAAAAAUGAACGUCUGGAGGCCGCACGGGUUCGAGGUGACACAAAUGUCGAGUCCCCCACUGGUCAGAUUUUAGAGUUCAACACUUCAUUUGUAUUAUUUAGACCAACCAUCAGCUAUCAGAUAGAUAGGGUGUCAGUGGUUUCCCCGGGUCUGUGGUGUGGUUUAGAAGAAGUCAGAGGGUUUGGGUUAAAUUACCAAAGGUAUUAUCACUGCCACACGUGAGUCAGGGAACUAUGGCUGAAAGAAACCUUGUGAGGUGACCCAACGUCAGUAUUUGAUGCCCCAGGCAUUUUAUUUAUUAUUGAUUUAAUUGCAAAACAUCUCUCAUCAGCUACGACUCUCAGCAUAAUCUUUUAUACAUAGCAACUUUUGUGACUUAAAGUAGCAUCAGUAUCAUCGUUUACGGCCACAGCGCGGAUGACGUGCUGGAGACUUAAAGCAUCAAGUGUCCAGAAGGUUUAUCAGCCAAGAUAUGAACUCCUUUAAUGAUGCAUUCAUGUCCUUUGGCGCUUUCUGUCUUUACUGGCUAGUCACAGAUUUUAUCAUAAUGUGGUUUCAUGUAUAAUGCUGCUGAUACUGUACGUUAUAUAUAAUGAAUAGAAGGUAUUCCAGACGGUGUAUAAAGUGAAGCAGCUACAGCAUGAGUGCAGAGCAGCCUGUGUGUGACACUGGACACAUGUUUACAUUGUCAUUGUCUGAAAUGGGCAAAAGUGGAAGGUCGUGAUCUCUCCUUUUGGCAUUCAUGGCACCUCCCUUUGCAGGUAUUUGUGUGUUAAUGUCUAUGAAUGCCUGCAAGGAAAAAUCUAGAUUUUAAACCAUGAAAUUUACUUUCUUAAUCAGUCACAAAUAUUUAUGGUUAUGUAGCGACAUGGUGCACGGAGGGUUAAUCGGAGCUCGUUUGGAACACACAAAAAAAGAGGCUAAGAUUUUGGGUUUCUUACAGAGAGCCGUGCCAUUCUCAUUCAACCUGUCCUUUUAAUUUUCCUGUAGAACAUGAUGAUUAACAGCUUUAAACACUUUAUACAACUUUUUUUUGUUGGUUUGGAAAUGGAUGUAAUCAGAAAAUAUGCUUAAAAUCUCUGAUUUCGGCUACAUUCUGUAGUAAAUAGUAUUUAGUAGCAAAAAUGGGCUAAUCACCUCAUCAGCCAUCAUUGCUGCAGUGUUCCCCGUCUACCCACAAGGUUUUCAGACAGCAGUGAUUGUUUGGCUUUACGAUGGUGUUUAAUCUGUUUUGUGUUCUGAAAGUUGCUGGUUGAGUGCUCUGUUUGUCCACAGAGUAAGUAUAUAGAUUACUGAUGCUGUAUCGCAUUUACUUUUUUCUGAAGCUCUGCCUGUUUAUGCAACACUGGACCGUCCUGAUUUUGGCUUAGCAUCACAGUACAGAACCAGUGAAGAGCAUCCUGUUCAGAGAGUGAGAAAGUUUAACUUCAUUUGCCCAUUAAGACAACUUUAGGCAUGGUAAUGACAUUUCCAUCACAUCCACCUUAGAUUUGUAUCGGGCGCAUCCAGCAUGGAGUCCAGUGAUAUCAUACUCCACCUGUCUACACCCUGAACAGAGGUCUUUUCAGGUUUUACUGCUCUGCUAAAACUGUUUCACUGUCUUUUCAGUAUAAACGACUCUUCGGCCUGUGAUAGCCACACACUGUACAGCAUGUAAACUACCUAUUUACUGUGACUCUGCUUUAAGUGGAAGCUGGCUAGUUUUUUCUAAAGGUAGCCAACUUUCUUCUGAUUGGCUGCCCCUCGUAAACAGGUGAGAGAGCAGGUGGGCAUGUCCUGAGAUGACCACAUUAAGGUCAUCUCGUUCAUUCACAUCAUGCACAGCCGAACGUAGGAAAAACUGUCUGAAACUAAACUUUUGGCUCAAAGGAAUUACUUUUACACCAUUAUAACAGAAAAUAAGGGGGGGGGGGACAUAAUAGGUCCACUUUCAGAUUCACUUUCAAUGCCUUUGGCACACGACUGUACAAAUAUACACUGGCAUCUGUUCUCUGUAGGUUUGUUUUAAUCCAAUCCUCCAAAUAUCACAGCUGUUUUACACUGUUCGCCAUGUUUCUGUAUCUUCACAUUAACAUUUUCAUGUAUAACUGACAGUGUGUUGUUUACUGUACAUCAGCAGUGUGACUUAUAAAGAACAGACACUAUUCCAUACGGUGUGUAAAGUGAGUUAUACAGCAGCUUCAGCGUGAGUGCAGAGCAGCCUGUGUGUGAUGUGUUUACAGCUAUUACUGUCUGAAAUGGACAAAAACAAAAAAAAGGAAGGUCAUGUUUUCUUGUCAGGUUCAGCAAUAAAGAGCAGAGAGAGUGUCACCAACAGCCGGUUUCCUCUCAUUCAUUCACGUCUCACUCAUCUCAAAGAGCUGUUUUACGUGGAAUAAAACAAUACGAUACAUAUUGGAAAUGUUUUUUUUUUUUUCCAAGCACGCCUUAUUGUGACUAGCAGAAAGAAAAUGACCAAAAAUUAACAUUUAAAUCUGUAUUUCACUGCAUUUUUUUUUUCUGCUGCUCUUUGGUUAUUUUUGCAGAUUAGUGCAUAAUAGUGAGAUUAACCCCUAAUUAGCACAAUUAAACAUUUAUUUUCAGAAAACUUGCAAUGCAAAGAAUUAUUGUCCUA